GAAUAACGAGCAGCAGUGUGUGAAUGUGGCAACUGAGGUAGACAGGGAGGGGUAGAUAGACUGACCAGACCAGGUUUUUUUGUCUUUUUCUUUCUCUUUCUUUUCUUACCGAGCCAAGUGUUUCCUCUUUACAUGACGCCACGGUUGUAAAGUAGUUUGUAGACGUGAAAGCCCGGCCGCCGCUGCCUUUUCUUGGGACUAACCGAUAUCGUUGUGAAAACAGCCCAGAAGAAAGAAGGAAAGGGGGAAACAACAUGGGGCGAUUAUAAAAAAAAAAAGAAGGUGUUGUGUUAUGAACCGACGAUGACUCUCUGGGAGGAUCCGUGAAGCUUAUUUAUUUUUAUUUAUUCUCCCUCUUCCCUUUCCCUCGUGUCCCUUUUUUGGUUUAUUUUUGAUUUUUCUCCUCCCUUGCUACUUUGGGAGGUUGGUUUUUUUUUCAAGGAAAAGGCAACGGGAUACGUUACAAGAGGACCGAAGGAUGGACCAAGCCGGCAUCCUGAGAAAGUUUAUCCAGGGGGUGAAGGCCAUGAGCGAGGGGGACGAGGAGAGGGGAGAGGACAACUUCGGCAGCGACUUUAUGCGGUUACGGAGGUUAUCGACUAAAUACCGGACGGAGAAGAUCUACCCCACCAACGUAGGAGAGAGGGAAGAGAAUGUCAAGAAGAACAGAUAUAAAGAUAUACUGCCAUUUGAUCACAGUAGGGUGAAGCUGACGUUAAAAACAUCCAAUCAGGACACAGAUUAUGUCAAUGCUAACUUCAUCAAGGGUAUGGAUGGCCCAGAGGCCUAUAUUGCAACUCAGGGCCCACUGCCGAACACUGUCAUCGACUUCUGGAGGAUGAACUGGGAGUACAACGUAGCUGUUAUUGUAAUGGCUUGUCGAGAGUUCGAGAUGGGAAGGAAAAAGUGUGAGCGGUAUUUCCCGCUGCUCGGGGAGGAGCCCUUGAGUUUUGGCCCCUUCAGAAUCUCCUGUGAGGCAGAGCAGGCCAGAACAGACUACUUCAUCAGGACUCUGGUGGUGGAGAAUGAAAAUGAGAAUGAAACUCGGAGGAUAACACAGUUCCAUUAUAUGAACUGGCCGGAUCACGACGUCCCCUCGUCGUUUGACUCCAUACUGGAUAUGAUCGGACUAAUGAGAGAAUACCAAGAGAACGACGAUGUUCCUAUAUGUGUGCACUGCAGUGCAGGCUGUGGGAGGACGGGAGCUAUCUGUGCAAUCGACUACACAUGGAACCUCCUCAAAGCUGGGAAAAUACCAGAAGAUUUUAAUGUUUUUCGGUUGAUCCAAGAGAUGAGGACGCAACGACACUCUGCUGUACAGACAAAGGAGCAGUACGAGUUAGUGCAUAAAGCGAUCGCCCAGCUCUUUGAGAAACAGCUGCAGCUACUGGAGAGCCCCACCAACACGCAGAUCCACGAUGGCAUGGUUGAGAGCAGUCCAGAUAAAGCAAGCCACCCAUCAGAUGAGGACAGAUGGGACACACCACCUCCGAAACCUCCCCGCAUUCGCAGUUCCCAGCCAGAAGGUGACGUGAAGGAGGAGAUACUCCAGCCCCCGGAGCCUCACCCCGUACCCCCUAUUCUGACCCCGUCCCCCCCUUCAGCCUUCCCCACCGUCACCAAUGUACGGCAGGACAACGACCGCUACCACCCCAAACCUGUCAUACACGUCCUGUCUACCACACAGAAUAAGGACACGGACCAGCAGCAGAACCAGUCAGAACCCAGUCCGAACAAACAGACCAGUCCCUCAGAGCAGAAAGACCAAGAUCUACAAAGUCGAAAACAGCAGACUCAGGUCUCAAAUCUAGACCUCAACGACAACUACAACAACAAAUCAACAUCGACAAAAUCAGAAUCGGGCCAAAGCCAGACUCAGACUCCCUCCUCGCCCCUCUCCCCGGCUGUUGAAUGUUCCGGUGCUCCUCGGAUCGAGAGGAAGCUGAGCAUCGAGAUUAAAAAGGUGCCGUUACAGGAAGGACCUCGUAGUUUUGACACUUCCUCCUCCAUGGGAGUAGCAGGCGGAAUCGGCAGCAGCUCAGCCAGUAGCGCGGCAGGACUGCAAAGAGCCCACGCCUUCAAAGCCCGCUCGGGCCAAUCCCUGCUGACGUCUAGCUCUUCGCUGUCGGAGGACUCGGGCACAGAGGGCGGAGCGGGUGGAUGUGGGGAGAGUCAUGCCGACGGAGGCGUCCUCGCCAGACCAAACCACCUCCCUGUGAAGGGCGAGAAGGGGGAGACACAAGGAGGGGAGAAAGCGGAGGUGAAGGCCGGCCAUGCGGCGUGGUCUCAGACCUGCAACAGCCCGGAGAAACAGUUCCCCAAAACCUCCUCCUCUUCCUCCUCCUCAGACCGCGUCGCUCCAUCCUCCUCCUCUUCCUCCCACCUCUCCUCCUCCUCUUCCUCCUCCUCGUCUACUCCCGUUAGAACUGCCCUGAGCUUCACCAACCCCUUGCACUCGGAUAACUCGGACGAGGAGGGGGACGGAGAAAUGUCCGGGGGAAAGGAGGGUUAUCGUACUAAUGUAUCCACAGCGACGGCCAUGGUAACCGCAUCCCCUCACCAUGGAGACCAGCAGCCGGUCCGGAAGGUGGUGCCCAUGUCGAUCGCGGGGCAGAGCUCUCCGUCACCCACUGCAAACUGCUGGGACAGCGAUGACUCCCCUCCCCCCCUCCCUGCAAGAACCCCUGAGUCCUUCCUGCUGGCCACAGACCCUGUGGAGGUGAAAACGUCAGCCUCAGCUGAAUGGAGUGGCUCAAAUAAAGAUGUGUCAGAGUGUGUUAAGAAGACGUCUCCAGCUGACCCUGCAUCUGCUGGCACCACAGCGACAGACAGCAAGGCAGACCUGGGUGGGGUUCGGUAACCGCUGCAUUCAGCCCAAAGGCCCUCGGGAACCCCCCCUGGAGUGGAUGUGAUGGGACGAUCUAUCUGCCCGUCCACCAACAGUGUCCUCCCUCGUCAGGAGAUGGACUCUACCAAUCUCACCUGGCUGGUCCAAAAACCUAGUUGAUAGAUGCUACACAGACAAACAUCACAAUUUUACAUAGAAACACCUUCUGUGUAACUCUGUGCAACACCUCCUCCUCCUCCUACUCCUCCUCCUCAGUCCUUCCUUCAAAGUGCCACUGUGCAAAGCAGAAGAACACUUACUGGUCAAGUGGUUUUGUCCACGUUUUCCUGUUCAGCUUGCUGAUAUUAGAGGUUUUCACUUCUCUAGACGCUGACCUGGGAUCAGUCUGGUUAUUUUCCUGUUGAUGGUUAAAGAGUAAUUCCUGUUUCUUUCCUGUUUCUAGUGACUUGAGAGUAGAUUAAAAAAGCUCUUAUUUCUCUCUCUGGCUUUUCACACAUCAUGAGAAUGUGUGUGACUAAAUGAAUAGAGGUGUAUGUGGAGCCCUUAGGUGUUAAACAGAAAUUUUCUUUCAUGCCAAAUGAGAAAAAAAGUAUUUUUUUUUCAUCAUAAAUCAGGAAUUAUCUUUAAUCAGAAAAGCUACUGUGGGAAGCUGAUUCCUAUUCCUGAGGUUUAACUGAACUCCCAGACGGUGUCUGCUUCCUCCUACUGAAUGAACAACAAUCUUCAAAGCGAACCUAGAUAAUCUGUUACCCAUGAUGCAACCUUUUCUGUUGGGUAUGUACAGGUUGCCAGGGUGCUCUUUCUCUCUGUCUCUUCCCCUCUCCCUCUUUCUGUGUGCUGGUGCUACAUUACAAAGGACCAGCAUAGAAACACAAGUACUCCAGCUGUUCCUCGCCUCUGUUGUGGUCUCCUGUAGCAUUUACUCCUGUAUUAGCUGCAGUCAUGUCAGCUCCAGUACUUUAUGUGUCUAUGCUGCUGACCUCCCUGUUUACCAGAGUCAUGGAUUGAUAGUUUGGUCAUUGCAGUGGUCAGUAGCAGCCAUAUUGGCUCCAGAGUCCUACUCUGUGGCUUUUAGAGGGAUAGUUCCACAUUUUUAGUUCCUGCUGUGAGUUAGAUGACAAGUUUUACACCACUCUCGUGUAUGUGGAGCUGAAGCCUAAAGACGCUUAGCUUAUUUUAGCUUAGCUUAGCAUAAAGGCUGGAAACAUGUAAAUUGUGGUUUUAAAACUUAUACUCCAGACCAUGUCCUGAGAAUCAGAUUUGGACAUCGUCCGGAGUUUCUCUUUCACAAAUGUAGCAUACAACAAGAAAUGCUCCAUUUGGUUUAGGCAAUGAGGGGCGCCUGGGUAGAGCGUGCAGGAGGUAGGACAUGACACAGAUUACACCGCAUUCAAGUAGCCAGUUUGUAAUUUGGUCAUAAACAACAGAUUCUCUUGCUGUUCCUUGAAUUUGUCUGACGACUUCAGCUUUGACCCUUACCAACACAAGUCCCUAAAUCUCAUCACCUCUCCAGUUAGACAUUUUUGUUACCAUCUUCGUAUAAAUUACCCUUCAUCUUAACCUUUGGAUGUUUGUUUUCUUCCGAUUUUGUGCAAUCUGCACGAUGGAAACAUCAUCAAUGCUCCCACUGUGAAUUCUCCGGACACUUGCCAGCUUCACAAAUAGGCUCAGUCGAACAUUAACACAGACUCUAUACAAGGGAGCUGGCAGUUUAAAGUCUGUUUAACGUCUGAUCCAACUGAUGCUGACAUUUCCGUUCUCACAUACAGCUCCUCCAGGUAAUGUCUAGAUCAGUGGUUCCCAACUGGUCUGGCCACGGGGUCCAGAUGUCUCCUUAGUCAUUUGUUCUAGGUCCACAUAGGAUAUAUAUUCAGGGUCAUACUAAUGUUUGGCCAUAUUGUCGAGCUAGUUUGCUGUCUCUGUCCAGUGAGUCACUCACUCUCCAGGAGGACACAGCGUUUCAAUAUACUGUACUUAAAGUGUGUUUUUACAAACUUGUCACAUUCACAAGUCACUUGCGGUCCAGUCAGAAUGGACCCGCGACCCACUUUUGGACUGCGACCCACCAGUUGGGAACCACUGGUCUAGAUAAUUACACGUUUGCAGUACAUGUGUGCUUUUUUAGUGAGUUGCUCAGAUGUGGGUAGGCGGACUUUAGUACCUUUGUACAGAGGCAAGCUUGUUACCCUGUUUCCAGUAUUUAUGCUAAGCUAGGCUAACUAGCUGCAAGCUGUACCUUCAUGUUCAAUAGGUCUUUCAAGAUGUGUUUAUCGCAGAUGUCGACAUUGUGGUGGCAUUAAAAAAAUAUAUUUAUUGUGCAGCUCUACUUUAAACAGAGCUAGGCCAGCUUUUCCCCUUAUCUUCAGUAUUUAUGCUAAGCUAAGCUAACCAGCUGCUAGCUGUACGUUCAUGUUUCCUGUACAGACACGAGAGUGGUGUCACUCUCCUCUUCUAACUCACAGGAAAAAAAGCAAAGAUGCAAAGAAAAUGUUGAAUUGUUCCUUUAGAUAUCUUUUAAUUCAGUGGCAGAGGACAGUAAUCAUUACGUUGACAUCAUGUGGCGUUAGAAAGCAUAGCUGAAUGCAGAGAAACUGAGAAUAGAGAUUAAGGAGUUCUUAACGUCUUACAUCUGAUUUACAAAUGUUUAACCAAAGAGUGAUGUUCCCUUCUCCAAUAAUUCACAAUAGAAAACAUCACAAAAGAUUAGUUAGAAAAGUCAGAAAAUAGUUAAAACAUACAACAUUUGAAGCUAAGUUUCCAGGAAGUCUGCUUUUAAAUUGACCUUAAAACACGCCAUUAAUGACCAAACUGAUCAGCUCUGUGACUCUGGCUCUCACUGCUGGGACCAUGAGCCUGCCUUAGUCCGCCUCUCAGAGAAGACAGCCAAUGACAGUCCUCUUUAAUUGCUCUCUUCAGUUCACUUCUCCGUCUAUCGGUGUAUUUCUGCUUCUCUUGGUCGUUAUCGGGACUCAAUUUUGCUGUUUACUUCUUUUUAUUUUCCUCAGCACUGUCUUGUUUUUGUCUUUCUGUUAUUGUACCUUUUGCUUUUUCUGUUGACAGUCUCCAUUUCCUGUUGGAUGAACAACCAUGCAAGUCAUUUUACUCAGUGUUUCGGAGUAGGAAUGUUAGACAUCACCUGAAACUCUUACGGGACUUGACAGAUUGAGAAAUAGUCUGGCUUCCCGUAACAACCCCAGAUGAGACUUGUAUGGUUUUUCAUGCGACGACCAAAUUUAAAAGAAAUCAUACUGUACCUGCCUCUGUAUGUGUGAGACAAUGAUGAUAGGGACCCAGGACUACUGUUUUCUCCUUAUUGUUCUCUGCUAACUUCUCCUUCAUUAGCUACCAUAACUAUACAGUAUAUGCAUUGUUUUAUAAAGAUAAAAAACUGUACAGGGCAGUUUAGGUAUAUAAUAUUUCAGAUUUUUGUUUUUGUUAUCUUAAAUAUUCUUAUUAACAGAAGAUGUAAGAAAGUCAGUGCAUGAUGAUGAUGAUGAUGAUGAUUCCUCCCCUACACAGUGUUUCCCUUCAAACUGUAAAUUAUUCUGCUGCCCUUUGUUCUUUUUUUUUUUUUUUUGCUUCUGGCAAAUAUUUCAGGGUUGUUUUUAUUUUUAUGUUCGAGUUAUAUGCUUACAAAGAUUGAGAAAUUCUUGUUUUAAUUGGUUGGCAGAAGAAAAGCGUCGACUGCCAGCCGGCCCCCUUUCAGAUAGCUACAACGGGCUUCGAAUAAGAUUGUAAUAAUAAUAUUAAUGACAAUGAUGAUAAUAAUAAUAAUGGUCGUUUUUUGUAAAUGGUAUUUUAAAAGUUAUUUUUGUAUACGCGGUUGUUUGUUGCGUCACAAGUCCACUGCUCAAACCCCCCCACUCCUCUCUUUGCUUCUCACAUACUCUCCUUUCACCUUCGUCUUUUUUUUUUUUACAUUUUUUUUUUUUGUUACACGUUUUGAUUUCUUCCUUUCUGUCUCUCGGCUCUUUUAAUGUAGAACAUACAACAGAGAUGAAUCUCCUGCUCUGGACAAGGAGCAUCUCAUUAUUUUUCGCUUCCUUAGUACUUCCCCUGCUGUUUUCUCUCUUUCAUCCCCCUCGCCUCCCACCCUGUCUCUGCCUUUUUAAUUUUUAAAAGGCUGCCGAUUUCAACAUGUCUGUGUGCCAGGACUUUAAAGGGGACCUAUUAUGCUCAUAUUCGGGUUCAUACUUGUAUGUUGGGUUUCUGCCAGAACAUGUUUACGUGCUUUAAUGUUCAAAAAUCACUUAAUUUUCGUCACACUGUCUGUGCUGGAACACCUCUGUUCACCCUCUGUCUGAAACACUCCGUUUUAGCGCCGGUAUCUUUAAGCUGAGGCUGCUCUGAUUUGUAUUUCUGUUCUGUAUUUCGGUGUCUCUGCGCCUUCAUUGCAGCUGGGGAAUGACUGUAACAGAGAAUAGCAGCACUUCCUGCCGUGAAGAAUCACCAAUAAAAGCUUCUAAACACAACCAGACAUGUUCCAGCGGGAAUAUGACCUUGACCACCAAGAUUACAUGUUUCCCUGAUGUUAGCAUGUGGCUACAUGUAGCAGUGUAUUUGCAAUUGGGAAAUGACGGUGAACAGUCGCACUUUCACCCAUUAAAAUCAACGAAAAAAAGCUUCUACACAACUGGACAUGUUCCAGCAGGAAUAUGAUCUCAAAUCGGGAAGAAUUUAAUAACAUCAGCAACUAAGAUUACAAGUUUUUCUGGCGUUAGCAUGUUGCUACACAUAGCAGUGUAUUUGCAGUCGGGAAAUUACUGUGUAUGUUCGCACUCUCCACUGUUGAAAUCAAUGAAAAAAGCUUCGAAACACAACUGGAAGUGUUCCAACAGAAAUAUGAUCUAUCAUUGGGAAGAAAUUAACGACAUCCACAACCUAGAUUACAAGUUUCCCUGACGUUAGCAUGUGGCUACAUGUAGCAACGCAUUUGCAGUGGGGAAAUAAGUGUGUUUAGUUGCAUUUUCUCACAUUAAAUUCAUCAUUAAAAGAUUGUAAACUCAACUUGACAUUUUCCAGCAGGUUUGCCUGACGUUAGCAUGCAGCCACAUGUAGCAGUGUAGGCUACAUCAUGUAGAUACCUGCAUUAGCGAGCUUGAAGCAGAUGACCGUAUAAUAAAAUCCAUCACAAGUGGACGUAGCUCGUCUUGAAAGUAGAAAAAAUCGUUAACAGUAUUCAGAACAGUCUUAAAGCUUAAGGUUUUUGCCCACAGUGAUUACUUUAGCGUACGUUUACCUCUUUAUUUAAAACAUUUAAUACAAACAUUGACAUUGUAACUAUAUUUAUGACAGAAGAUGAGGAAAAACAUAACGGGUCCCCUUUAAGUGAUCCAUCUCUAAAUUGUUGCCGGUUGAAAGUAACAAAAUCCGACGUAAACUGACUAUUAGACAUGCUGGGAAAAAACUGUCUUUUAAUCGUUAUCAUUUGUUUCUCCAAUACUCCCAUUUCUUUCUUUCUAUUUUAUUUACGUGACCCCCUUCACAUGCACACUCGCCUCGAUCUCAGAAAAGAGCCCACCUGUGCCUUUAAGUGAGAGCCCGCCCCUCCCCCCCUUUUCCUUCUCUCCUCCAAUCAUCGUUAGCGGCGUGAGCGUGAGCGAUGUGAUUCGCUGCUGCUUGCUCAUUGCCUCCUGUGGGACUCUCGUUCAGCCCGCCCCCUCAGACACACACAUACACACACACACACACCUUGUGUCCCUCUUUCCACACACACAAACAUAAACACACACAAAAUGUUUGUAUGUUGCAGAAAUCAAUCAGUAAAAAUGAACAUUAAGUAAA